AUGGAGCGGCUACGAGACCUAAGAACGCAGCUACUGGCAUGGGAGCGCGCGUUCGGGAAGCGGCACGGGCGGCGGCCGGUCCAGGCCGACGUGGAGGAAGCACCUGAGGACACCCGCGCGCUCUACCGGGAGUACCGCGCCCUAAAGAGAAUCCUGGGCCAGGCUGGCGGCGGGCCCCGCAACCCCGACCCAUCUCUCCCCACGGAAGCCGAGGAGGCCCUGGAGUCCAACUGCUGGGGGCCUCACCUUAACAGGGCUGCAGCCAGGAGUCCAGAGCCUGAGCCAGCGCGGAGAUGUCGAGGGCUUGUGCAGGACUACGGGGGGAGACUGAAGGCGAAUCUGAGGGGCGCCCUGAAGGUGGGCCCAGGCUGGGUCUCUAUCCCCCAGCCUCCACAAAGACCCGCAUCCAGGACAACCAGCCCGAAGCCCUCAGACCCAGAGGCCAUCCUGCUCUCUCCAAAUGAAGCCAGUGAUGUGCAGUUGAAGCCUUCUGGACCCCAACCAAGGCCAGGCCGACUUCAACAGCUGCAGGCAUCCCUGAAUCUGCGGCUGGUCUCCCUAGACCCAGGCUGGCUGCAGCGGUGUCAUACUGGGGCCUCGGAUUUUCUGGGGGCCCCCAAAGCCUGCAGGUCUGGCUUGGGCUCAGAGGAGUCACAAACUCUGAACUUUGGUGCAGUGGCCACCCUUGGUCCUGGCACUGGCUCUGAGGUGCUUUCUCAGGGUUCAGAAGUUUCAGGCCUACAGGCAACGCAAGGGGUUUCAAGGAGCCCCCAGCCCAGCAAGAGAAAAAGCAACAAACCAAGGUGGAGUGAAGAGCCCUGGGCGAGUCCUGCACAGGUGGAGCAGGACAGUGGCCAAGCAGAACCCCUGUGUGACAGGGGUGGGGCUGUAGCCCUAGAGGAAGACCCUGCAGGGAAACCUGCUCCAGGACAGCCACCUCUGCCCUGCAUUAGCCCCCUGGCCCCGAGGUCAGCUGUCAAAAGCAAGGGCAACUACGUGCGCCUCAACAUGAAGCACAGACGUUGCACACGGGGUCAGGCACUGCGAGGCAGGCUGCUCCGCAGGCAGGCACGGAUGCAGAAAUGGAAGAAAAGAGGGGAGUGUUUUAGGACUGGUGAGUCCAGAACCACAGUCACGGCUUGUUUGUCCUCUGGACAGCUUGGUCACUGGGCACAGCAGUGUCCGCAGUCAACUGAGGCAGAGGACACAGAGUCUGCUAGGCCUGAGCCCUGGGUACCCCGCCUGGUCCCUGCCGUGCCACCCCUCUACCUGCCAGGGCCCUCAGGGCAGGUGGCAGAGACACCACCUGAGGUCUUUCAUGCCUUGGAGGAGCUUGGACACCAAUCCUUCCGCCCUGGGCAGGAACGCACGGUCAUGCGGGUUUUGUCUGGCAUCUCCACACUGCUAGUGCUGCCCACAGGCGCUGGGAAAUCUCUGUGCUACCAGCUGCCGGCGCUGCUCUACUCUCGGCGCAGCCCCUGCCUCACACUGGUCAUCUCCCCGCUCCUCUCACUCAUGGAUGAUCAGGUGUCAGGCCUGCCCCCGUGCCUCAAGGCAGCCUGCAUCCACUCAGGCAUGACCAGGAAGCAGCGGGAGUCUGUCCUGCAGAAGGUACAGGCAGCCCAAGUCCAUGUGCUGAUGCUAUCACCUGAGGCGCUGAUGGGGUCAGGGGGCCCUGCCAGCCUCCCCCACGCUGUCCAACUCCCUCCAGUGGCCUUUGCCUGUGUCGAUGAGGCCCAUUGCAUCUCUCAGUGGUCCCACAAUUUCAGGCCCUGCUACCUUCGCAUCUGCAAGAUGCUUCGAGAGCAUCUGGAUGUACACUGCUUCCUCGGUCUCACUGCCACGGCCACACACAGCACUGCCCGUGACGUGGCCCAGCACUUGGGUGUAGUGGGAGAGCUAAGUCUUUUGGGGCCAGCCCCCAUUCCUGCCAACCUGAACCUCUCUGUGUCCAUCGACAAGGACCCAGACAAGGCCCUGGUGACACUGCUGCAGGGUGAUCGUUUUCGGACCCUAGACUCCAUUAUUGUUUAUUGCAACCGGCGUGAAGACACGGAGCGAGUCGCUGCACUCCUUCGGACCUGUCUGUGUGCAGUUCAGGGCCUGGGCUUUGGAGGUUGUGCCCCUGAAGCUGUAGCCGAGGCUUACCAUGCUGGCUUGUGUAACCGGGAACGGCAGCGAGUGCAGCAGGCCUUCAUGCGGGGCCAGUUGCGGGUGGUGGUGGCCACAGUGGCCUUUGGAAUGGGGCUGCACCGGCCAGAUGUGCGGGCUGUGGUACACCUGGGACUUCCCCCCAGCUUCGAGAACUAUGUGCAGGCUGUGGGCCGGGCUGGACGUGAUGGGCAGCCUGCUCAUUGCCACCUCUUCCUACAGCCCCAGGGUCAGGACCUGCAGGAGCUGUGCAGACAUGUGUAUGCUGACAGUACUGACUUCCUUGCUGUAAAGAAGCUGGUGCAGUGUGUGUUCCCACCUUGCACCUGUGCCCAACUGCCCCCAGUGCAGCAGAGAGGUGUGGGUGGGGAUAGGCCUAUGGCCAAGUCCACCCUUCAAGAGGCCGAGCAUUGUAGCAGUUCCCGAGCAGCCCCAGGACCCAGGAGGACCUGCCCAGGCCACGAGCUGGCCCUCCCAGUACAGCCAACAGUGCAGGCCCUAGACCUGCCAGAGGAGGCCAUCGAGACUCUGCUGUGCUACUUGGAGCUGCAUCCCCAGCACUGGUUGGAGCUGCUGGCCAUCACCUAUGCCCGUUGUCAUCUAUGCUGCCCUGGGGGCCCUACCCAGCUCCAAGCCCUGGCCCACAAGUGUCCCCCUUUGGCGGUGUGCUUGGCUCGACAGUCACCUGAGGACACAAGGCAGGGCAGCACCUCCAUGGAAUUUGACAUGGUUGAGCUGGCAGACACCAUGGGCUGGAAGCUGGCCUCUGUACAGCGGGCUUUUCGCCAGCUGCAAUGGGACCAAGAGUCCAGGACAGGUGUGCGGCAGGGUACAGGGGUGCUUGUGGAGUUCAGGGAGCUGGCCUUCCACCUUCGCAGCCCUGGGGAUCUGACAUCUGAGGAGAGGGACCAGAUUUGUAACUUCCUGUAUGGCCGUGUGCAGGCCCGGGAGAGAGAGGCCCUGACCCGUUUGCAUCGAAACUUCCAGACCUUUCACAGCGUGGCCUUCCGCAGCUGUGGGCCCUGCCUGGAACAGCCCAGUGAGGAGCAGAGCACCACACUGAAGGCCCUGCUUGGUCGCUACUUUGAGGAAGAGGCAGAGGCAGCACUGGGGCCAGAGCCUGUGGGGGACAAGCAGGGCCCAGAGCAAGAGCAGGCCAUGGUGGUGAGUGCCAGCCCAUCCUCAGGGCCAUUCCUGAGAGGCUGUGGGGAGGUCAGGCUGCGUGUUCCCAACUCUACGUGUACAGAGAGAUUGGAGGCACCCCCCACACAGCUCCAGGACUGGGAGGACCAGAUCCGCCAUGACAUCCGCCAGCUCUUGAUCCUGCACCCAGAGGAGAAGUUCUCAGGCAGGGCUGUGGCCCGCAUCUUCCAUGGCAUUGGCAGCCCCUGCUAUCCAGCCCAGGUGUAUGGGCGAGACUGUCGUUUCUGGAGAAAGUACCUGCACCUGAGCUUCAAUGCCCUGAUGCGCCUGGCCACAGAGGAACUCCUACUGGUGGGCCGCUGACUGCCUGGCACCAGCCCCCACGGAGACAUGGAGUUGGGGACAUGAGGCCACAGUAUAGGGAAUGUCAGGUGUGGCAGCCCAUCCAGUAAACGGGAUAGUCAGUGACCAGGCUGGUGACCACACUGGGCAAAACCUGCCAGUAGGGGUCUGGGGACAAGGAUACUCCAAACUUCAGAAUAAAAUAUGCUUAAGUUACAACUACUCUAGUGAGGAAGUCCUGGUAGCGUGGGA